AUGCAUAUGAUCCCCGGGACAAGUAAGGACAAGAAGCGGAAAGGAGACAGCAAGGAGGGAAAGUCAGGGAAAAAAUCGAGGACGGAACACCCGCAGCAGAAUGGCGCCACUGGACAAAACCUCGACACGUCCAGACCCUCAGCGGUAUUUCAGCCCAGUGGUGGCCGCUCAUGGACACUCUCCAUCGCGCUUCCCGGCAGCAUCAUCGCGAACGCAAAAUCCCACGAGCAGAAGACCUUUUUAGCUGGUCAGAUUGCACGGGCUCUGGCAGUAUUCUGCGUUGACGAAGUUGUCGUAUUCGACGACGAAGACAUGGAAACUCGACAACGACGACCAGCAAUCGGCGAGAAUGACUACACCGCAUAUUCGCACCCCGACCACUUCCUUGCUCACCUUCUGUCAUACCUUGAGACACCGCCACAUCUCCGCAAGACGCUCUUUCCCAUGCAUCAAAAUCUCCGGACGGCAGGCACUCUACCCAGUCUAGAUAUGCCGCAUCACCUACGCGCCAACGAAUGGUGCGAGUACCGUGAAGGGAUUACUACUGCCUCUCUCGCCGACGGCAGCGGGACGCUGGUUGACGUGGGUCUACCUGGCUACCUGAAACUUCCAGAUGCAGAUGUUCCGCCCAACACACGAGUGACUGUACAUCUCAAGGAUGAAGGUUCUAAAGAGGCCGGAGCCGCCUCUCCAGAUACUCCGAGACAAGAUAGGGGCUAUUACUGGGGAUUUAAUGUACGUCAAUGCAACAACCUGACCGAUGUAUUCACCGAGUGUCCUUUCGACGGUGGCUAUGACAUCUCAUUUGGCACCUCGGAAAGAGGUCGGCCCUUGACAGAUGUGUUGGCAGAAAAGUCCCUGGCAGAUCCUCGCGGUCUUCAGCAUAUUCUCGUCGUCUUCGGCGGUGUCGCGGGCUUAGAAACGGCAGCAAAGAACGACGCCAGUUGUCGUCAAAUGGGCCUGCUUGGAGAGAAAGUCAAGGAGCUAUUUGACGUGUGGGUGAACCUGUUACCUGGCCAGGGUAGUCGCACCAUCAGAACAGAGGAAGCUGUGUGGCUGGGCUUGAUGGGCUUGAGACCCUUCAUAGAGCUGGUCGGAAGGUCUCAUGAACUGAACAGUUGA